CUCCUAGCUCUCAUCCAAUCAAGUGUGCUACAACAUAUAUCUCCACUUCUUAAAGAUUAUGAAAAUGAGGAAAUCAGGCCUGUUGGCCAUCUUAGCAGUGGCUAUGGUGUGGGGCAGCGGCAGGGGCCAAACGGGGUGCACGAAGACCCUGAUGGCCCUGUCCCCGUGCCUCAACUACGUGAGCGGGAACACGUCCACUCCAGCGGCCUCGUGCUGCUCCCAACUAUCCAACGUAGUUUCUUCACAACCGCAGUGCCUAUGCUUGCUGCUCAACGGCACAGCCUCUUCUUACGGGCUUGACAUCAACCAGACGCUCGCCCUCCAGCUGCCCGACGCCUGCGCCGUCCAGACUCCUCCCACUAGCAGAUGCAAUGGUGAGACCAACGCCCCGUCGGCUUCACCAGACACCCAAGGGAGCCCUCCAGCUGAUGCACAGCCGGCCGCUAUUCCAUCUGCAGGCUCCAAAACUGUCCCCUCCGUCAGUGGCGCCACAAAUGUUAGAGCAACAUAUGAUAUUGCAGCUCUCCUCCUCUUUCUUGCAUCGUCUGCUCUCUCCCUACCUGCAUUUUAAGUUGUAGCUGUUUUGUUUUGAUUCUCAUCUUGUUUUUCUUUAUAUAUUUCCUACUGGAUUUGUAUGAUUGUUUAAGUUUCUCGUUCUACCAAGAUUGUUUAAGAAUGCAUGUUACAUCAUUUUUUCCUAUUA